AAGAAUGUCAAGUAAUGAUAACAAGCAUGUGUACAAGUUCACAAAAUUAUUCCCUCUAUCUAUAUGUGCAUUAUACACUUUAAAACAGUUCAUGACGACAUUUUAAUGAAAUCUCCUUCAUCAUGAUGUUUGAAGUUUGGAACAAACUUUACAUAUAUAGUACAAUUCUAAUUGUAAGCUGUCAUGUAGCGGUAUCAUUGAACUGUUAUUGCACCACACACGACAACGUAAACCCGGUGUUUCGAAACAAUUUCAUACCUGCUAAAGAAGUUCUGAUAGAGAACAAAUGUUUCAAAGGAAGUAUACAUGGAGAUUUAUUUUGUCCGGAGAAUUUACCGUUAUGCUUACCAUUGGAAAAUCUACAAGCUUGUGAUGACUCAGCAUUUAGUGAAACCGGAAAAAAAAUAGAUAAUGAUGCUGACACCUUAUUACCAGGUACAACACAUGGAUACGCAUACGAAAAACGUUUCUUAAUUUCAGAUACAUACUGGGGAUCUUGGAGCACGUGGGAAGACUGCCAGGUAGCCUCGUGUAACGUAUCUGGGUUCCGAUCACGACAUAGAGAAUGUCUACCAAAACUAACACAGGAACAAUGUAUUGGUGAACCUUUACAAUUUGAACAUUGUACUGAAACGUGUACAGACCAAACAGUGUUCAACCCUACUUGGGGGUCAUGGUUUCCAUGGGACGAAUGUUUGGCGACACAGUGCGGGUUGGCUGGAGUUCGCAAGAGAAAACGAGUGUGUCUGCACAGCACAGCACCUGAAGACUGUAGCGGAUUCGACACAGAAUUAGACUCUUGUUUCAAAUAUUGUAAAGUUGAUAGUGUAUGGUCAGAGUGGGGGCCAUGGGCAACAUGUUCCAAUUAUACAACUGGUUUUACACGCAGACUUCGACAGUGUGAACCACCACCAGAAAAAGGAGGUACUGUAUGUCCGGGGGGAAAAUCAUGGGACAUUAUUAGCUGUGCUGACCUAUCUGGCUGGACAUCCUGGGAGGCCUGGAGUAUCUGCUAUACAACUUCAGGCAUUGAUAUCAAAUUGAGGAGCAGGAUAUGUACAACGGGACCGUGUCCUGGUAAAAAAGUUGAUGCUACUUUAUGUAAUGAACCUCCUGUAUAUUCGGACUGGGGUACAUGGGGUGCCUGUUCAGUUACCUGUGGAGAAGGUGAUCAAACGCGGCAACGUAAUUGCAUCGUUGUAAACACAGCAAACAGUAACACUUCGGCCGACAGUCUAUCCUGUGCCGGGAACUCUUCGGAGUCAAGAAAAUGCAUGACCCCUUCAUGUGCUGAUUCGAGCCUAGCAUUCUGGUCAGAGUGGUCGUCGUGGGAUCUGUGUCAGCCACCAUGUGAUACCAGUAUAACAACCAGAAACAGAACAUGUAAUGGUGCAGGUGUUUGUUCCGGCCCAUCUUCUGAGAACAUGACUUGUACGCAAAGUAUUUGCAACGUGGACGGAGGUUGGACGUCAUGGGAGGAAUGGAGUAAUUGCGUAUCUGGCCUAAAAUACAACAUCACAGUCAGGUUUCGCAACUGCUCAAAACCAAAACCAAAGAACUCGGGAAAAGAUUGUUAUGGUCGCUUUUAUGACAUAGAAGCUUGUAAGAAAGAAUCAUCAUGGGGAAGUUGGAACAAUGUUGGCCCAUGUCUUAAAACUGUCGAUGCCAAUGGAAGUAACUCAAAUUUACAAUACAGAAACCGGACUUGCCUCAAAGGAUACGCAAACACAGAUUGUCUGGGAGAGAGUAAUACCCGUGAACCAUGUACAUUGACCGGAGUGUGGGAAAUCUGGGGCAACUGGUCAGCUUGUUCUAUUACAUGUGGUGAAGGAGUAAAAACUAGACAGAGGACAUGUAUGAGUGGAGAUGUUCGUGAAUGUGAAGGAAAUGACACGGACACAUCAACAUGCUCCGAUGCACUAAAUUGUCCAAUUGAUGGUAUGUUUUCGGUGUGGUCUGCCUGGGAUACAUGUCCUGUCAGUUGUGGCGGGAGCGCGAAAACCAGAAAUCGUUACUGUAAUAGCCCUGGCCCUAGUUAUGGAGGACGUGACUGUGUAGGAGAGUAUAGUGAAGCACAAGUGUGUAAUACACAAGAUUGUCCACGUGAUGGGCAUUGGACAGAUUGGUCAUCAUGGGAUCCUUGCAGUGUGACUUGUGGCAAUGGAACAAAAGAACGUACACGCACAUGUUCUAACCCAGCCCCGUCCAACGGAGGUGCCGAUUGUGUAGGAACAAACAAAAACAAUGAUGGUUGUAAUGAGGCAGUGUGUGACGUUGAUGGUGAAUGGAGCCAGUGGCAAGAAUGGGCAGAAUGCACGUGUCAGAAAACUCGUCGGAGAAAACGAGACUGUGAUAAUCCGACACCUGUGGCUAAUGGAGCAUAUUGUAUAGGCAGUGCCACAGAGACAGGCCCAUGUGUGCCUGAUACCAAUCUGCUUGUGUGCCCUGUGAAUGGUGGUUGGAACACCUGGCUCGAGUGGAGUUACAGGUGCAGUGUGACAUGCGGUAACGGCGUGGUUCACAGAUACAGACAAUGUCUGAACCCAAAACCUAUCCAUGGCGGAGCUUAUUGCGGCGGGGAAACGUCACAAGCAAAGGCGUGUCUUAAACCAGAGUGUCCAAUUGACGGAGAAUGGUCAUCGUGGUCAGCUUGGACACAUUGUGACGUCACAUGUGAAAAUGGAACACAGUACAGAAAUCGAACAUGCAACAAUCCAAAACCGGAGUUUGGAGGAGCGGAUUGCCAGGGUGGAACGGAUGAGUCGAGGAUAUGUACGCUAAACCCGUGUCCAAUUGAUGGUAAUUGGUCAGCAUGGCUUGAGUGGUCUAGUUGGGAUGUUACGUGUGCUAAUGGAUCAAGGACACGUACUCGAAAGUGUGACAACCCGGCACCACAGAAUGGAGGUCAAAACUGCCCUGGAGAUUUUAAUAAACAUGAAAGUCAAGACCUUGGGAAUUGUCCAGUAAAUGGUUCGUGGACUGAUUGGACUGCAUGGACAAAAUGUUCUGUAUCGUGUGAAAAUGGGACACAAUCUAGAACACGCACGUGCUCCAAUCCGACACCGAUGUAUGGUGGAGAAAAUUGUACUGGAGUUGAUAAUGAAAGCCAAUUUUGCUCAGAAAGACCUUCAUGUAUCAUUGAUGGGGGUUGGUCAGAAUGGAGUAGUUGGUUUGGUUGUAAUGCCACGUGUGGAGUGGGGUCUAAUAUCCGCUACAGGGCCUGCUCUAAUCCGAUUCCACAAAAUCACGGCAAGCCAUGCAAAGGAAGAUUUGCAGAUAUUGCUACCUGUAAUGAAGCUGAAUGUCCAGUGGAUGGUAAUUGGGCAGAUUGGCAAGCCUGGGGUAGCUGUUCUGUUACAUGCUCGCAUGGUAUCAACCAGAGAACACGAACAUGUUCAAAUCCCUUACCAAAAGGCGGUGGUAAACAAUGUGCUGGAAACUUCACAGAAUCAGGAGACUGUUAUGAAGGUGAAUGUCCUGUUGAUGGAGAAUGGACAGAAUGGGCUGUGUGGACAACUUGUUCAGCAACAUGUGGCAUUGGUUACAAAUUUAGAAACAGAUCGUGUAACAAUCCCGCUCCACAAUAUGGUGGGGUCAAUUGUUCAGGCAAUUACGAUGACAAUUCAACAUGUUCAAUUACCCACUGUCCAAUUGACGGACAAUGGGGAUCAUGGCAUGAAUGGAGCGAUUGUUCUACUACAUGUGGUAGCGGCUUCAAACUAAGGAAUCGUACCUGUGAUAAUCCACCAAAGUUCGGGGGAGCAAACUGUUCCGGUAUGACCACAGAAUCUGAUACCUGCCUAAAAGAAUUGUGCCCAGCACCAGGUGGCUGGGGUCCUUGGCAGCCAUGGAGUCCGUGUUUGGGAAGUUGCACAGCAGCAAAUAAGCAGCGUUUCAGAAAUUGCGACCACCCCGCACCAGUAAAUGGGGGAGACUACUGUGCAGGGAAACCUAUCGAAUCGCAGAGUUGUCGUCCCACAGGAUGUAAAAGAGCUGCACUAUUCAAGUGCUAUCAAUGUGACAUUGACCAUCAGGGAACAUUGUGUACCAAAAUAAAGCAGACAGAUUGUCAUGAACCUUACUGUGUCAACGAACUCACAAGCUUGGCUGAUGGCACGAGAAUAAUUGAUAGAAGAUGUGGGACACAACAUGAGUGUGAUACAAACUGGUGGGCACAUACACGUAAUAGAGAGGAAUGUAUGUUGAAUGACGUCAAUAGGACGCUCACGAGCGACAGACGCUGUACCUUCUGCUGUGUGAACGAGCUCUGUAACGCAGAUGUUAUACCACCUGCGGACACGCUUUAUGAACCAUUGCCUUGAUGUGACAAAUAUUUCUUAUUGGAAAAUGAAAUAUAUGAUACAAUCAUU